GUGAGAUUUAUACGUGAACGUACGAAAGGUCGAAACCAAAAUGUGUAAGCUUAGCAAGAGCAGGUUCCUCAAUGCAGGGAAAAAGCAAAUGGGGAAGAGGCUUGUUGCACACUUGCACCCCGGGCUUCUCUUUCCUCCCAACACAUCUCAUUUUAUUUUGACCUUCGCCACUACCACCUUCUCCUCUGCUUCCUCCUCCCUGCUCGAAACUUUCCUCUCCACAAAUCUCAUUAUAUUAUCUCUCGCAUUCUCUGCAUCUGUAUAUAUUCAUUUGGCUCUCUCUCUCUCUGCAUGUGUCCGCGUAUAAUAUUACUUCCUUAUAGUUUUUUCACCCGUUCUGAAAAUUCCAACCCCCUGUGCAGAAAUAUAUUAGUUCUUUUUUUCGAUUUUCAAGACAUGGGUAGUUGCUUUUCAACAUCUAAAGUCAGUGGUUCUAACAGCAGCCGCGCCACUUCUUCCGGCACCACCGCGGUGAACAUCCGCAAGGGGGCGGUCAUAAAGGAGCCGCAUUGUUCUGUACAAAAGGCCGCUCACAAAGGGCAUGAGCGUCAACAGCCGAAUUCCCGGAAAAGUGGGGUUAUCCCUUGUGGGAAGAGAACAGAUUUUGGAUAUGAUAGGGAUUUUGAUAAAAGAUAUAGUCUUGGUAAGUUAUUAGGACAUGGCCAAUUUGGAUACACGUACGUUGCCACCUACAAGUCCAAUGGAGAUCGUGUUGCUGUUAAGAGAAUUGAGAAGAACAAGAUGCUUCUUCCCAUAGCUGUUGAGGAUGUAAAGCGUGAAGUCAAAAUAUUGAAGGCCUUAGCUGGUCAUGAGAAUGUGGUUCAAUUUCAUAAUGCAUUUGAAGAUGAAAAUCAUGUAUAUAUUGUAAUGGAAUUAUGUGAAGGCGGAGAGCUUCUUGACCGUAUUCUGGGCAAGACUUACAAAUAGUUUCCCUUUAAUUAGAAAAGACAGCCGUUACACUGAGAAGGAUGCAGCAAUAGUAGUGAGGCAGAUGCUCAAAGUUGCGGCACAAUGUCAUUUACAUGGUUUGGUCCAUCGUGAUAUGAAACCUGAGAAUUUUCUUUUCAAAUCACCAAAAGCAGAUUCUCCAUUGAAAGCAACUGACUUUGGUCUUUCAGAUUUCAUAAGACCAGGGAAGAAAUUUCAAGAUAUUGUUGGAAGUGCAUAUUAUGUUGCCCCUGAGGUAUUGAAGCGUAGAUCAGGGCCUCAAUCUGAUGUUUGGAGCAUCGGUGUAAUAACCUAUAUUUUGCUCUGUGGUCGGCGACCUUUUUGGGACAAAACAGAAGAUGGUAUAUUCAAGGAGGUUCUUAGAAAUAAGCCCGAUUUUCGUCGCAAGCCAUGGCCGAGCAUAAGCAACAGUGGUAAAGAUUUUGUUAAUAAGUUAUUGGUUAAGGAUCCAUGUAUUAGACUCACUGCUGCUCAGGCCCUCUCACAUCCAUGGGUCCGAGAAGGCGGUGAUGCGUCUGAUAUUCCAUUAGACAUUUCUGUACUUUCGAACAUGCGCCAAUUUGUUAAGUAUGGCCAUCUAAAGCAGUUUGCAUUAAGGGCAUUUGCUGGCACACUUCACGAGGAAGAGUUGGCUGAUCUGAAAGAUCAAUUUUCGGCCAUUGAUGUAGAUAAAAAUGGUGUUAUUAGUCUUGAAGAAAUGAGACUGGCUCUUGCCAAGGAUCUACCAUGGAAGUUGAAAGAGUCACGGGUUAUUGAGAUUCUUCAAGCGAUUGACAGCAAUACAGACGGGCUUGUGGAUUUCCAGGAGUUUGUUGCAGCCACUUUACACGUAAAUCAGAUGGAGGGACAUAACUCAGAAAAGUGGGAGCAAAGAUCACUAGCCGCUUUUGAGAAGUUUGAUAUUGAUAGAGAUGGAUAUAUCACUCCAGAUGAACUUAAAAUGCACACUGGAUUAAGAGGCUCCAUAGAUCCACUCCUGGAGGAAGCAGACAUUGACAAAGAUGGGAGGAUAAGCCUAUUGGAAUUCCGUAGGCUAUUAAGAACUGCGAGUAUGGGCUCCCGGAACUUCGCAAGCCCGUCUUCAAGACAAGGCCGGAGACUCUAACUUGCAUAGAAGUGUGCUAUUCGUUCAAUCUGCAUUUACCAUCAAAUCAAAUAGACAAAGAAAGAGUGUCCCAGUUGGCAAUCCAAAAAAGGCAAACAAAACAAAAAUCAAAUUAAGGUGCUUUUGUCCUUGCAUAGUUGCAUGGGAAAUGUUUUGUGUAUGAUGUAGUGGGAGAUGUGGGCAAUUGUCAUCUCUUUUUUGUUCAACAUCGUGUAACCUUCAAUCUCGACUAGUUAAUAAAGCUGCUGCAAGUAGGCAUGGACCGGGCUCCGGGCUUGGGCGGGCUCCGGGUCCAAAAUAUUCAGGCCCGGUACCGGCCCGAGUUAGUACCAGG